AUGGCGACUUCAAAACCGCUGAAUAGCCUAACCGUAGGCGACAAAGCCAACUCUGCUUUAGCAACAACCAUUAGCAGCAAGGAGAUAGGAAAUCGCAGAGAACGCGGAAAAGAAAAGCACGGCUCAACAUUUGUGUCAGAAGGUCUUGCGAGAGACCACUACAAGCCCAUUACGACUUACGAGGGCAUUCAUCGAUACGAUCCAGACUUUGAAUGGGAGCCUGCAGAGGAGAAGCGUAUCGUACGAAAGAUUGACAUGCGCAUAUGCUCCUGGGUCUGCCUCAUGUUCUUCGCCCUCCAGCUCGACCGCGGCAACAUAUCGCAAGCCCUCAGUGACAACAUGCUCGGGGACCUGGGCCUCAACACCAACGAAUUCAACAACGGCCAAACGAUUUUCUACAUUUGCUUCCUAUUCGCUGAACUACCUUCCCAACUUAUCAGUAAGAAACUUGGGCCCGAUAACUGGAUUCCAAUUCAGAUCAUAUUGUGGAGUUUGGUGGGGAGCCUGCAGGCGUUUCUGAGCGGAAAGAAAUCAUUUUAUGCGUGUAGAGGCAUACUCGGAAUGCUAGAAGGUGGUUUUAUCCCCGAUAGUAUUCUCCACAUGAGUUAUUUUUACACGGGGCUCGAGUUGCCGGGUCGCAUGAGCGUGUGGGGUGCAGUUCCCUUUGCGACCAAUAUCGUCGCUGCCUUUCUCGCAUUCGGGAUUUUGCGACUGAGAGGCCACAAUGGGAUGGAAGGGUGGCGGUACCUCUUUGCUAUCGAGGGUCUGAUCACGGGUUGCAUUGGGAUAGCGUCGUGGUUCUAUCUUCCUGCGAGUCCGACGCAGACGGCGACGAAGUUCUGGAACCCGUUUCGUGGGGAGAAAGGCUGGUUUAGUGAGAGGGAGGAGAAAAUUAUGGUGAAUAGGAUUUUGAGGGAUGAUCCGAGUAAAGGGGAUAUGCAUAAUCGGCAGGGAUUGAGCAUAGGGAUGUUGUGGGAGUGUGUGAAGGAUUACCAUAUGUUGCCUAUCUAUUUGAUUGGCAUAUCGUGGUUCAUUCCGAGUCAGCCUUCGAAUGCGUACAUUACGCUUCAGCUUCGGUCACUGGGAUUUACUACGUUUGAGACGAAUUUGCUGACGCGUUCGUCCUGGACAUGGGUGUCUGAAUGCACUAACCAACGUUUUCUCGUCGCUCUCGUAUCGCAAGUCUGGUGCUUGCCGCUUCUCAUUGCUCUCGAGGUCUUACCCGCGAAUGUAUCGCACUGGUCGCGUUGGGUCCUAUGUACCUUGCUCGUCGGGAGCCCGUUCAUUCAUCCCAUCUUCAUGGCCAUCACAUCGCGCAACGCCGGCACAGUGCGUACCCGAACGGUCGCUUCGGCGCUGUACAAUAUGACGUUUCAAGCCAGCACAAUCAUCUCACAGAACGUGUACCGCCAGCAUGAUAAACCGCUGUAUCGCAGGGCAAAUAAGAUUUUGAUCGCGAUUUGCGUGUACAAUUUGUUGCUUUUUGUGGGGGCGAAGCGGUAUUAUGUUGUUGUUAAUAGGAGAAGAGCUCGUGUUUGGGAUGGCAUGACGAAGGAAGAGAAGGAGACCUAUUUGCAAACUACGACGGACAGAGGGAAUAGGCGGUUGGAAUUCCAAUUUGCGCAUUGA